ACUUUUCUCCGCGCUGGUGAAGAUGAUCCAAUCACAGCCGCUUGUGAUUGCAGAGUUUUCUUUAAUGAGUUUCUAACAAUUCAGGGGAAGGUUUUCAUUUAGCGUCCUUAAAAGUCUGUCCUCAUUACACCAUCGUGCUCUUUGUGCUCUUUGGUUGUGAUCUCUCUGCUGGGGGAAAUCGGUGAACGGGUCUGUAUGUGGAACCACAGUGUCGUCGACGGUUCCAGUCGGAGUCUUUUACCAAACAGAUCGGGUUCACGUUUUGAAAAGCGGCGGAGCAAAAACAAACGAGUUGUUUUGUUUUGCUCUUUUAUAAUUUAGGUUGAUAAACCGUCGAUUAUAUCAUGGCUGUCCCAGGUCCAAACAAAGACAACAUCAGAGCAGGCUGCAGAAGAUGUGGAUAUCCUGGUCAUUUGACAUUUGAAUGUCGUAAUUUUGUCCGUGUGGAUCCGAGGAAGGACAUUGUUUUGGAUGUGAGCAGCACCAGCAGUGAGGAGAGUGAAGAAGAGGAGCAGGAAGCUGUCAGCAAAGAGAAGAUCUUCGGCAGCCAUUCAAAAGGUUCUCAUGAAGAUUCCAGAAAAGAAAAACAUAAAAAGAAAAGCAAAGACAAAUCCCAUGGAAAGGCCAAAAAGAGGUCUUAUUCAUCAAGUGAUGAUGAGGAAGAAGUGAGCAAGAAGAAGAAAAAGCACAAGAGCCACAAAAAGAAAGGGAAAAAGGAGAAAAGAGAGAAAGAAAAGAAACACAAGAAAAAACAUCAAAAGAAAGACACAGACUCUUCCUCAUCUGACAGCUCUACUGGAUCAUCAGACACGGACUGAGGCUUUGACAGGACCACAGAAUCACAGCAAAAACUAUAAAAUACCUUCUGCCAGAGCCAUUUGUACAUAACACCUUUAUACUUUAGAAAUAAAUUUUGUCUUUUAUAUUUACCUCUGAGAGUUGGAGUUUUUGUGUGAUGUAUGUAAUUUAUUUUGUGAUUGUAUAUAAAUGAAAUUAAAACCCACAAUCCUUCAUGUGAAUAAUUUUACAAAGCUUGUGUUUUUAUAAUGCUUCAUUAGAGCUACUGAAAAAAUUACACA